AUGGAGAGUGAAAACCACAACUCUAAGCAGAAGCAGGAGCUUGAAGUAUCUGAUAUCCUCAGGAAAUCUGUUAUGGUCUAUUUAAGAAAUCUCAAUUUCAUCAUCUUCACCUUUCUCACUUCUCUUCCUCUCUUUUGUAUCAUGGUUUACUUUGAAAUUUACCUCCAAGAAAUCCUGGUUGAAACCUGCAGUAUUUUAAACCUGUCAUAUGGUCACUUGACUCGCUACGACAGCUUCCUAGAUCCUAUCAGCAGAUUUAAUGAGGAUUAUUUACUGAAGCUGAUUUUUGUUGGUUUCGUUUACAUGGUACCUCUGUAUGUCUCAGAGUUUGUCUCUGCAGCUGUUACGGUAGAUUUGGCUUCAAAGCUGCAUUCAAGAGAGAAGAAAAUGACUCUGAAGGAGAUGUUUGAGACACCCUUUGACCUAUCAAGAUUGAGAGCCUCAUUUGUCACUUCUAUCUAUGUUCUCUUCUUGACAACUACUCACCAGCUUGGAUUACUGUGGAUAGUCUUGAAUUAUCAUGUUUUCUUGAAAGACAUAAGUUUUUACGUGUUGCUCGCAGUAAUUUGCAGCAUAGCAUUUGCAAAGGUCUUAAGGAUUUACUUGGAGGGGAGUGCUAUAUGGAACACGAGUCUUGUGAUCUCAGUGUUGGAGGGAAUAUAUGGUGUUGAUGCGUUAGCUGUUUCAGCAUAUUUCAGCAAAGGCAAUCACAGGAGGGGGUUCUUUCUGAUGCUGAUUUUCUUUGCUUGGGGACAUCUUGUGAGGCUUUCAUGCUACCAUAUUGGAGGCUAUGAGCAAGGGGAUGCAAUUUUUGUACAAGUUGGUUUGUCUUGCAUGGUGGUCAAUCCGCUGAAAUGGGUGGUUUGCAUGAUCUAUUUUCAUGAUUGCAAGGAGAGGAAAUUGGAAAAGAAAACUGAUGAGGAAUCAGGUAAGGAUGUUAAGAAUGGUUCGUGAAUGAAAACGGCUAUGAACAAAAAUAAGGGUGUCAAUUUGAGUUCAUAACAUAACUAGAAUUAAAAUAGGCAUAGCUAAAUGGUUAUGCAGCCUUUUAUGACAAUCAGUCAAUAAAUUUUAUCUUCUACUGUAUUAUGACUGUAUAAUUUUAAUCGGAGUAUUAUAAGAAGAUUUUCUAAUCCAUAUUGAUUAGUCAGUUACGAAAUAAGAUAUAAAUCAGCAUCUUGCUUGUUAGUGCUUCCCUGUGAAAGUAUGGAGUAUCGAGGAGAAGAAACUAGCAUUACUCCAUCAAAAGCAAGUUUUUCUACGUGUCCACCAACAUUACAAGAGUCAAUUUCUGAAGGGUAUGUAAUU